GUGAAAAAGAUAAUUAUGUUGAGCGUAAAAUCAGAAAAUUUUCGAGCUAAAUUAGCUCAAGUAACUACAGUUAUUGCCGGUAUGAAGAAGAUAAAUUUUAGUGGUGGAGAACCGUUUUUAGCAAAAAAAGGGAUUCACGUUGGUGAAAUGGUAAAAUAUUGCAAGAAAGCUCUAAAUCUUGAUUCAGUAACUGUUGUUACAAACGGAAGUAUGGUAACUGAGUCUUGGUUUAAAAAGUAUGGAACUUAUUUAGAUAUAAUUGCGGUCUCUUGUGAUUCUUUCCAUGAAGACACAAACAAAGAAAUAGGACGAGCAUUUUCGUCGGUAAAACUUCGAGAGGAACGAAAUCAUAUCCACCAAUUGAGAAAAAUAAGAGAUUGGUGUUUAGAAUAUAAUGUGUUAUUUAAAAUAAACACCGUUGUGAAUACAUUUAAUCAUUUUGAAGAUAUGAGAGAGGAAAUUCAAGAAUUAAACCCAAUUAGAUGGAAAGUUUUUCAAUGUUUAUUGUUAGAUGGAGAAAAUGUAGGUGAGAAAGCUUUACGUAAUGGCGAAAAAUUUUACAUAUCAGAUGAUCUUUUCGAUCAAUUUUUAAAGCGACAUAACAAUAUCAAAUGUUUGGUACCCGAGUCUAAUAACAGUAUGCAAAACAGUUAUUUAAUCCUUGAUGAAUAUAUGAGAUUUCUAGAUUGUAGAGAAGGUGCAAAAAUUCCUUCGAAAUCCAUUUUAGAUAUUGGAGUAAAAAAUGCGUUGAAAUUUUCUGGAUUUGAUGAAGCCAUGUUUAAAAAACGUGGUGGAGUUUACAAAUGGUCCAAAGAAGCUGAUCGUUUGGCUUGGUGAUUAAAAAUUAAGAUAAAUUAAAAAAAGAAUCUUUAAAUUUUUUU